GAUUUCGAGCAAAAUUUAGAAGAUUCUGUCGUAGGAAGUGCUAUGAAUAUGCCGGUAAACCAAGCAUUGGAAGGACAUAGCGGCACAGUGACGUGUGCUGCAUGGAAUGAAGUACAUCAGAAGCUUACGACAAGCGAUUCGAAUGGCACAGUGACAUGUGCUGCAUGGAAUGAAGUGCAUCAGAAACUUACGACAAGCGAUUCCAAUGGCCUGAUUAUUGUGUGGAGCCUGCAUAACGAAACCUGGUACGAGGAGAUGAUCAAUAAUAGAAACAAAAGCGUUGUAGUUGGUAUGGCAUGGAAUUAUGAUGGGACCAAAAUAGCUAUAGCUUAUCAAGAUGGACAAGUGAUCGUCGGUACAAUGGAUGGAAAUCGAAUUUGGAACAAAGAGCUUUCUGCAAAUGUUGCUGCAUGCGAGUGGUCUCCAAACGGGAAUUUGCUUCUGUUUGGUAUGGCAGAUGGGGAAGUACACAUCUAUGAUGCACAAGGGGCUUUUAUAGAAAAACUGCACAUGGUGGCACUUGAAAAUGUGGAGCUGGAGACAGCACUGGCAAAAGAUUUGCGCAAGGACAACAUUAUCGCCUUGAAAUGGUUUGCACCCAUACAGAAAAGCCGAAUUACAGAUAAUGACUCACCCGUCAUGCCUCGUCUACCAAGAUACCAAUCGCUUGACUCUCUUCCUUUCGUAUCUGAUCAAAGACCCGAUCAGAAGCCUAAACUUCUGAUUGCAUAUGCUCAUGGUGUCGUACAGUUGAUGAGAAAUGAGAAUGAUGUUUACUCACCCGUCAUGCCUCGUCUACCAAGAUACCAAUCGCUUGACUCUCUUCCUUUUGUUUCUGAUCAAAGACCCGAUCAGAAGCCUAAACUUCUGAUUGCAUAUGCUCAUGGUGUCGUACAGUUGAUGAGAAAUGAGAACGAUGUUUCCCCUAUUGUUGCUCGAUUUCCCCAGUUGACAAUGACUUGUGCUCGUUGGUGCCCAAAUGGAAAUUUUUUUGCUGUGACUGGGCAACAACUCGAUAUGCCUGUUCAGGAAAGUUUUGUCGUACAUGUGGUGACAGCUUAUGGAGUGAAACUGUCUUCGCUAAAAUUGCACACGUCAUCACUAACUGGAUGCUCUUGGGAUCCAACUGGCGUGAAACUCGCUUUGUCGGCAGAGAAUUUGAUUUGGUUCGCGAAUGUUCGACCAAGAUACAAAUGGGGAUAUUGUGGUAACACCGUUGUUUACUCUUACGAACGAGUAGAACGAGGUGACUAUCGCGUCGUCUUCUAUGAAACGAAGCUCGAUGAAUCGUAUUCAAAGCCGGUUAGACAGCUUGAGCAACUUGCUACCAGUAAUGAUUACUGUGUAAUUGCAAGUCAUCCGGAAGAUUCGAUGGGAAAGGUUAUUUGCAGCUUUAUUGAGCUCUUUCCUACAACCUGA